UAUUUCCUCCUAGCUGAUGGUGGCUACCCAUGUCUACAGGAACCCCUGGCCCUUAUCACACAAUAUAAGAGGCCAGUGAGAGGCAUGGCAGAGCAAAGGUUUAAUUACCAUCAUUCCAGAGGUCGCUCAAUCAUUGAGCGUGCCUUUGGAAUGAUGAAAACCCGCUUCAGGUGUAUCUUUUUAGAAGCACUUGAAGUACACCCAGUGUUUGUCCCUAAGGUGGUGACGGCGUGUGUAAUUUUACACAAUAUUUGUGUCGGUGUGGGGGACGAGCUGGAAGAGGCUGUGGAGGAGGAGGAGGACCAGCCACCUCUGGAGCGCGAUGGUGGGGAGAGCCGGAGUGGCGCUGCUUGGCGGGCCGUGCUGACCAACAAGGUGUCUGCACUGCAUGAGGCACCUCUGGACCACGAUUAUUUUUCCCAGCCUUGAAGCAAUAUAACUGCACCAGCAGCUGAUGGCCGGUUCUUGUUGUAUAUAGUUGUAGAUAUGAGAAUGUUUGACUGUUGUUUGAA